GUCCCUUCCAAUCCAGGCCAUGCCGUGACUCUGUGAUUCUGUCACGUCUCCCAACAGACACCAGCAUCUCUCGGAGCGCGGCACGGGACGGCUGCUGGUGCAAACUGGCGUACUGGGAGCACCGGACACGCGUGGGUCGCCUCUACGACGUGCACGAAGCGUCGGUGAACGUCUUCAGCGAGCUGCCGCGGGGCAGCGGGUUCUGCCUGGGCCAACUGCCCGCCAUGCACCGCAGCCGCGCCGUGCGCCGCGCCAGGGGGAAGAUUGGGAAGGGGCUGCUGCUGAGCCGGGAGCUGAGCGCCGUCUGGGCGUACAACCGAAGCGAGCAUCCCAUCUUUGUCAGCUCGCCCACCCUGGGCCCUCCUGGAGCCCACGGGCUGGCCGUGCUCAAAGUGCUGCCAGGGUAUUCGGUGAAGGUGUUCGACUACGAGAGGGCAGGGGGGAUCGGGGCCGGGGGGUGGCAGAAUGGGGAUGGGCCUUGUGACCCCCAUAGCGUCCGGAUCAGCUUUGGGAAGGGCUGGGGGCCGUGCUACUCCAGGCAGUUCAUCACCUCGUGCCCUUGCUGGCUGGAGGUGCUGCUGGCACAGCCCCGCUGAGCGGCCGUUGGGGUGGCACGACCCCCAUCUAUGGGCCCCUGCGUUCCCAUGGGACCCCCAACCCCCCCCCCCCCCAAAGCCCGGGUGUGGGGCUGGGGCAGGGCGUUAUUUAAUCUCUCCUUGGUUAUUAUGAUUUCCGUGGUUACGUUGCAUGUUUAAUUUAUGUUAUUUGUGUAAAAGGGUGAACAAGGAGGAAGUUGAGGAGGGUGGGAGUGCAGGGAAUGCGAGGGUCUAUAGGGGGCAGCUCCUGAGCAGGGGGUGAGGGGGGAUUGGGAUGAGCACAGCUGGAAUAGGGCUGAGCAGAGCAGGAAUUAGAGGUGAGCGCGGCUGGAAUGAGGGGUGAGCAGAGGUGGAAUGAGGUGGGCACAACCGGAAUGAGGAAGGAAAGCUGAGGAAUGGAGGUAAUCACAGCUGGAAUGGGGAACUGAUUGAGUGAGGGGUGAGCACAGCUGGAAUGGGGGGUGAGCACAGCUGGAAUGAGGGGUAAGCACAGCUGGAAUGGGGAAUUGAUUGAAUGAGGGCUGAGAACAGCUGGAAUAGGGGGUGAGCACAGCUGGAAUGAGGGCUGAGAACAGCUGGAAUAGGAGGUGAGCACAGCUGGAAUGAGGGGUGAGAACAGCUGGAAUAGGGGGUGAGCACAGCUGGAACGAGGGGUGAGCACAGCUGGAAUGAGGUGGGAACGGCUGGAAUGGGGAAUUGGUGGAAGGUGGGAUGAGAACAGCUGGAAUGGGGGCGGGCACAGCUGGAAUUAGGGGUGAGCACAGCUGGAGGAGGGGGCAGAAACGCGCAUCCGAGGCGGUGCAGGUGAGCACAGCUGGAAUGCGGGGCCGGGGGGGGGAGGUGAACACAGCCGGAAUCCAGGCAGGUGAGCGCAGCGGGACCGUAGGAAGAUGAGCACAUCUGGGGCAGCUCCCCCUUCCCCCUUCCC